UCCAUAAUGCGUAGCACUAAUAGGAUUUGUGAGGGGUCAUUCACCUCUGAGAUUCCAUUCACAUGUUCAGGCUCAGUCAGGUGUUUGGAGGCUGACAGACAGGCAUGAAAAAUCCACAUCUCCCAGCCCCAAAAUUACGAUUAUGGCCGAAACCAAAUGUGACCAAGAAUUCCAAAGAGCAAUCUCCAACACUGGAAAAGACAACCAGGCCCUUAACGUUUCUACCUAAAUCUGAUAUCCCAAAAGUGACUGAAGCAGAGAGAAUGAAUCAGUCACCAUUUGAGAGGGUCAUUUAUGACAUGGCUCACAAUGAGAGGAUUGCCAACGAGCUGAUCCUGGGCCGACGGGUGGGCUUCUACGAGCUACGAGGAGAAAUCGGUCAAGGCAACUUCUCUACAGUCAGACUGGGCAUCCACGCUCUGACCAAAGAGAGAGUUGCUGUUAAAAUCAUGGACAAACAACGCCUGGAGAAGAAGAACCAGCUCAUGACAUCCUCAGAGAUCAGCUGCAUGGAGAAACUGGGCCACCCUAACAUAGUCCGACUCUACGAGGUGAUUGAGACGAGCAGGAAGUUGUACCUUGUGAUGGAGUAUGGCAGCAGUGGAGACCUGUUCUCCAGGAUCACCACCAGGGGGAAGCUCAACGACCUGGACGCCAAAAUGAUUUUUGCACAGAUCAUCUCUGCUGUGAAGCACAUGCAUGAGAACAACAUCAUCCACAGAGACCUUAAGGCAGAGAACGUCUUCUGCACCACCAGCUACUGUAUCAAAGUUGGUGAUUUUGGCUUCAGCACAGAGUGCGGGCCCAAUGACCUCCUCACCAAUUUCUGUGGUUCACCACCUUACGCUGCCCCUGAGCUGUUCAAGGACAAAGGCUACAACGGACGUUAUUCAGACAUCUGGGCUUUGGGUAUUCUCUUGUACUUCAUGGUGACGGCCACUAUGCCCUUUUAUGGAGACAACAUGGGGAGGCUAAAGCGUUGCAUCCUCCAAGGGGCCUUCAGCAUCCCUGCUUAUGUACCCGAUCAUUGUCAGCUGGUGAUUAAGAGCAUACUGCGGCCUGUUCCUGUCGAUCGUUUAUGUCUCACAGAGAUUGUAAAGAGUGCUUGGCUGAGUGGGAUCGAGUACACUAAACCACAUGUCAGGUUGCCCCUGUCCCCUGCUCACUUUGCCCAGGCCGACAAGGCUCUGUGCAUAGAGGAGCAGGAGGUGAAGGAUCUGCUGUCAGAUCUAGGUAUCGUGACGGUUCAUUUGCAAAAUAACCCCUGUUCAGACUGUAGGAGCCCAUUGACUGGUACCUACCGCAUUCUUCUCCAUCGAGUUCAGAAGAGGAGGUCAGUGGAGGCUGUGGGUUAUUCUGCGCUUCACCCUGACGACUAUAAGAAUCAGAAGACAUGGUCUGAAGCACCAGUAGAAAAACACAACCCCUCAGCUGUCUGCGUCAUCCUGUAAAGGAGUGGACUGGCUGUAACUGUGGCUGCACAGGAUGAUACUAAUAAAUAUGUGCCACUACCUCUCUGACGCUUCUUCAGUAUUCUUUAGUUUCACUUAAAGGUCCAGUGUGUAAGGUUUACGGGGUUAGGGGGAUCUAUUUACAGACGUGGAAUAUAAUAUUGAUAAUUAUGUUUUCACAAAAAUCAGAAAAUCAUAAGAAAAUGAGAAUCUUGGUUUUGUUA